AUGUCGCAAGAUGGUUCCCUGAUCCAUCGACGACCGGUUCCACGACCUGUGGUGAAAGCUAAGCUCGCCGUGGCAGGGCUGUUUAGUUUGGGAAAAAGUCCUUUUCCCACUCCAGCAUAUUCAAUGCCUCAGCACCCUGCACACUGGGCCCUGGCGUCUCAGACGUCGGACGGUAUGGCGACCGACGCUGACCUGCAUGCCCUUCUCGGAGCUGCAGAGCGUAUCAAAUUUCACGUGAUUGCUCUGCAGGAGACCAAGUGCAGAAGGAGCGACGUACAACAGAUGAUGGACAGUAUACUCGUCAUUCGCGGAGAGAAGGAAUCGUUGUCCCAAGGUGACUGGCACAUCGAGAAGGACCCAAACGUGGACUACGAGAUGCUGCUCAGAGGAUUACAAGCCUGCGCUGAGCGUGCCUCGAAGCCGCGCACGACAAACUUGGAUCGGAUUUCGAAGACUAGGAAAGAAUUGUUGGAAAGAAAAAGGGCUUUGAGGCUUGAUCCGAAUGCAUCGCACAUUGAGCGGUUAGUAGCAAACUCUAGCUGUAGAAAAGCGUUGCAGGAGGAUCUUUCGAAAUACAGGCAGAAGAUUCUAAAAGCAGCACAAAGAAGAACGAGUCUAAAGUGCCACAGGGAUCUCCGCGAAUAUAAUAAUCCGCUAGCAGCCUUGCUGAGCGAAGACGGGACUCGCACGUGUUCUCGUCGUGAGAUGGAAAUCAUUACGGAGAGGUUCUACUCGAACCGUUUCCGUUCAUCAACUCCUGUGUCAAGCCCAAUCAUCCCCACUGGCGAAGCUCCACCACGGAUUUUUCCUUCGGAAGUACGAGUCGCUAUUAAGAGCAUGAAACCUGGCACAGCCCCCGGACCUGAUUUCAUAUCAGCAGACUUUCUUCGGGCUGGAGGCCAUCCGCUUCAUGUAAUCUUAGCAGCGCACAUGACAUCCUAUCUUCAGAAAGAAAGGAUCCCAGACCAGUGGAAGACCUCGCGAACCGUUAUUAUCCAUAAGAAAGGUGACCGAGAGGACUUUCGGAACUACCGUCCGAUAUGCUUGCUGAGCGUGUUGUACAAGAUAUUUACCAAGAUCAUCCCCACACGCAUAUCUAGGACGCUGGAUGAAGCCCAGCCUCAAGAACAAGCUGGAUUCCGCCAGGGGUUCAGCUGCUUGGACCACAUCCAGACCGUGUCGAGGGUCAUAGAGGUUUGCCGGGAAUACCGCCUGCCCCUUGUUCUAACCUUCGUCGACUAUGAGAAAGCUUUUGACAGCAUAGAAACGAAUGCAAUACUGUCAGCGCUGGUCGAUCAAGGUGUGGACGCGUCGUAUGUGAGGACAUCAGCCAAUUGCUACGAACGAUGCACGACUAGGAUACAGCUUUUCAACCGCCCUCCCACCAUACCCAUUGGAAAGGGGGUACGACAAGGCGAUACUAUAUCGCCGAAGCUGUUUACGGCUGCAUUGCAAUGGAUAAUGAAAUCACUAUCCUGGGAAGAAAGGGGCAUACGUGUUGAUGAAAGAUUUCUCUCGAACCUUUGUUUCGCGGACGACAUCGUUCUCUUUUCGAACAGUACCAAUGAAGCAGAAACGAUGCUCAACGAAUUGAACGAAGCAGGGAAGAGAAAAGGACUACGAAUAAACAGAAAGAAGAGACAGUUCAUGAAGAACGCCUACUGCGAGGACGGAGGAGUACAACUUGAAGGCUCCCAAAUCGUGGAAACUCCGUCAUACGUAUACCUUGGACGUUCAAUGAACAUGGAAAACAACUUGGAGGAAGAACUAAAUAGAAGAAUGAGAGCAGCAUGGGCAGCAUUCGCAGCCGUCACGGAAGCUACGGACCAACUGACGGAGCAAGAUCUUCGUUCCCACUUUUCGACUCGGCAGUCCUUCCAGCGCUCUGUUACGCAGCAAAGACGUGGGCAGACACCGCGGCCACGUCUAGGAAGCUACUUACUACCCACAGAGCCCUUGAGAGAUGUCUCCUGA